AUGAAGGCCACUACAGAUCCAAGAAAUAUUGGUAGGCUUGUCCUAAAUUUACGAAAUAAUCCAACAACCAAUUUCGCUAAAAUUUCGACAAAUGCAGAUUUGGAAAAUACUGAAAUAAGAAUAACUCUGCAAGAGCACGGUACAAAGCAUAACCCAAACAGCAAUUCGUCACCACCACUAAAAAAACCCUCUUAUUUAGCAUUUGUAUCGGAUGGCGUUCUUGAUUCCAACCCGGCUGAAACUGACCCCAAAGGAGGAUUGCAAACUAUACUUAAAACGCAACCCAAAGGUGACAUAACGAAGGCAAACGUGUUGAAUAACUCUGGCAAGAAUCCCACAACGCUUAUCGAAAGGGAAACAGCCGAUAACGAGAAGUUUUCAUCACCAAAAGACAGUGAAACCAACAUUCCAACAGGUAAGAGUGCUAACCAGAUGACCUUUAAAAAGGGUUUCUCAGACAACGACUCUCCGGUAACUGCAGACAAACAUUUGCUUUCUGGUAAAGACCCACCGGCAACAGCGAAAGAACAAAGAGCGUCUAACAAUGGACCUGCAGUUACUUCUGACAAACAGUUGGUUUCUGGUAAAGAUCCACCGGCAACAGCGAAAGAACAAAAAGCUUCUAACAAUGGACCUGCAGUUACUUCUGAAAAACAGUUGGUUUCUGGUAAAGACCCGCCGGCAACUGCUAGAAACCAAGGAGCUGCUAGCAGUGGACCUGUAGCUACUGCCGGAGAACAGUUGGUUUCUGGUAAAGACCCACCAGCAACAACUAAAGAAAAAAGAGCUAUCAUUGGACCUGCACUUACUUCUGACAAACAGUUCGUUUCUGGUAAAGACCCACCGGCAACAGCUAGAGAAAAA